UUUUGUCUUCUUUAACCUUCCUCCACAAGAAAUACAGAAAAAAUGGAACGCACUUAUAUUAUGGUCAAGCCCGAUGGUGUCGAGCGUGGUCUCGUCGGUGAAAUCAUCAAGCGUUUCGAACAACGUGGUUACCAGCUCCUCGCUCUUGAGUUGAUGCACCCCACUCAGGAACACCUUGAGGAACACUACAAGGACUUGAAGGGCAAGGGUUUCUUCGCUGGUCUUAUCCAGUACAUGCUUUCUGGCCCCGUUGUUGGUAUGGUCUGGGCUGGUGUUGACGUUGUCAAGGUUGGCCGCAAGAUGCUUGGUGAAACCAACCCCUUGGCUAGCGCUCCCGGCACCAUCCGUGGUGACUUCUGUAUUGAGGUUGGCCGUAACGUCUGCCACGGUUCCGACUCUGUCGAAUCUGCUGAGCGCGAGAUCGCUUUGUGGUUCCCCCGCGGUGUCAAGUCUUAUGAACGCAGCAAGUCCCUCCACAGCUUGAUCUACGAAAACUAAAUGAUUUUCAUAUCAAAAUCAUCGUAAAUAAAUAAUCUUCAUUGCUCAGAGAUAUGGAUGGGCUAUGAGUGCAUCAAAAAAGAAAACAGGCGUUGU